AGCCUCAACCUUUCAAAAUGGGACCAGCUCCUCCCAGUGCUGAGGAUGGUCCCAGUAUAAACCAACCUCCAGGCAGCUGUGACACCAGUACAACUACAACUCCACACACUGACCUAGCAGGAUGCCUGAACUCAAUUGGAAGGUGCUGGAUAAUUUUCCGCUGCUGAUGUACAUUUUAGCGGCGAAGACCUUGCUGCUGUGUCUGGCCUUUGCUGGUGUUAAGAUUUACCAAAGAAAAAGAGUGGAAGCCAAAAUGAAGAGCGAGCAAGAAGAGAAACGGAGGAAGCAAGCCGAGGAGGAGGAGGAAGCCGAGGAGGAAGAAGCCCAGAAGAAAGACAACUGAGGUUACGUUAAGAUCCGGGAUGGAUGGAAGGCAGAAGGAAUAAGGAAGCCGCGGACUCUUAAAUUAUUACUUUAAAUGUCAUAUUUUUCAAUCCCAUUUUGUACAUAAUGAAAAAUAAUAAAUGUUUGUAAAACUUUUUGUAAACCA